CUUCCAACUCAAGAGGCCCAGCCAUACGGACAACCACUCCAAGACUUAAUUGAUCUUAGCGCAUUACAUCGUGAUAUAGAAAAUCUGAUCUCGACCGCUCGAACUGACUUUGCAAACAAUCCACUUGACCCCUCACUUCAACAAAAGCUUAAAGCCCUUCUAGACCUCCAGAACAUCCUGCAGCAGCAAAAGUUACCCCAAGACCAGCUAAAACUCAUUCGAGAUCAGGUAUCUCAGCUUUCACCAACGCCCAAACCCCAGCUGCCCCCUCGAGUUGUUCCAACUCCUCCCGUAACACAGGGACCAGUUCAACCAAUACAAAGCCACACCCCUCAGCCAAACCUUCAAUCUCUUCUAAAUCCAGCUACAAUUGCCGAGCUUAUAAAGGCGACAGCGAACCAGCAAAGCCGAACGCCGCCGCCACCACCGCUGCCCCAUAUCGCACCGUUUCUACAGCCUCAGGCUAGCAGCACUCCGCCUCCCCCCCCACACUCUACAGCACCUAACCUAGCAGAGAAUCCCUUGAUUGCUUCUCUUAGAGCUCGAGGCCUCCUUCCACCCGCCGCUGCUUCUGCUCCACCGACACCUCCCAAUCUACCUUUCAUUCUCUCCGGACAAUCGGUAUAUACGCCACCUGCUGUUAUAUCACAAUUACCCAACCCACUUGAAGUCAAAAUUAAUAUCCAAAUGACUUCAGCGUCCAUCAGGAUCCCGAGGCCGAACUUAAUUUCUACCCUGUACGAAGAAAAGUCGAACCGAUGUGGUACAUGCGGUCGACGCUUUUAUUCGGAUGACCAAGGAAAAGAGAAAAAAGCAAGGCAUUUGGAUUGGCACUUCAAAACUAAUCAGCGCAUGACGGAAGCAUCCAAGCGUGGACAAAGUCGUAGCUGGUAUCUGGAUGAACGGGAAUGGAUAAAAUCUCGAGAAUUUGAUGAUGAUACUGGCCGUCCAACAGGCGACAGUGCAACUUUCGCGAACGGAUCGAUGUCAGAUUCGACUGCGACUGCGGCAAAGAAAUCGUCGCAAAAGCAAUGGAUCCAUGCACCCAAUGACGCAGCGCUACGCAAUGCUCCAUGCCCAAUAUGCCAGAGAAAUUCGAGUCGACAUGGUCUGAGGAGGCGCAAGAUUGGAUCUGGCAUGAUGCUAAACCGGGGAACUCCAGACUCUGUCUUAGGUAAACGGAAAGCAAAGGUAUGA